CUGUCUGGCACUCUGGCACACAACAGCGCACGCACGCAAUGGACCGAAGAAGUCCAUCGCCGGACAGCAGCAACAUCGUGCUGGUCACUGCUGCCGGUGCUCUCGCGGCUGUCUCCUCGGUGGUGGUUUUUCUCGCGGUCGCCUCGCGGGACAGGCGCUCUCGUUUCCAAGACAGCAAGGAGUUGUACAUCCCAAGCAGAUCGCUAGGGAGCGAGGCCGGCGACAGCGAUGUGGCCAAGAUUCCCAGGACCAACUCCACCGCUGACCUUGUCGCCCCGUCCUUGCAGCCUCAUCCGGAGGGGCCCAACAUCGGGGCGGGCAGCGUCCCCAACUGGUUCCAGAAGAAUAGUGACCUCCCGCCCAAGACUGACCUCCUCCACAAGGGGCAUCGCAAGGGGGGGAAGCUCUUGGUGGUCAUGGUCGGCCUCCCCGGGACUGGGAAAACGUACAUCUCGAGAAAGGUGGCUCGAUACCUGCGGUGGAUAAACUACCGCACGAGGGCAUUCUCUCUGGCCAGGUAUCGCAACGCGCGCUGCGGCACGGGGCUGAAGGCAGAGUUCUACGACACCAACGACGACCAGACCGUGGCGGCACGCCUGGAGAUCCUGGCGGCGGCGGUGGAAGACAUGAUCACGUACUUGUUACGCGCCGGGGAGGUGGCAAUUUUGGACGGAACCAACUUCACGAAGCAACGGCGACAGCUGAUCCGGGAUCGAGCUGCCCAGGAGGAUGGCUUCGAGAUUCUCUGGAUCGAGAGCAUUUGCAACGACCUCAAUGUGGUGGACCAGAACUUGGAGGGACUAAAGGAGUUUUCUCCCGACUUCAUCGACGGCGAGGACUUCAGGCAGAGGCUAGACUACUACCGCGCGGCGUACGAGACGCUCGAGACGGACGAAGGGAGCUACGUGAAGUCUUACGACGGAGGGGUCAGGAUCGAGAUCCACAACGCGCAGGGCUUCGUGCCGACGAAGAUCACGUCGUUCCUCAUGAACCUGCACGUUCAGGGCAAGCCCGUGUUCAUCAGCCGUCACGGGGAGAGCAUGUUCAACACGCAGGGUCUCAUCGGCGGUGACCCCCCGCUCUCGCCGCUCGGAGAGGAGUACGCGAAGGUCCUCGUGGACUACGUAAAGCAAUCGGAGGAGCUCCCCAACGACGAGCUGUGCGUGUGGAGCAGCACGAUGAGGAGGGCAAGGCAGACGGCGGCCGAGAUCGACAAGAGUCGAUACGUGGAGUGGAGGGCUUUGAGGGAGAUCGAGGUCGGCGUCUGCGACGGGCUGACCUACGCGCAGGUGAAGGCCAGCUUCCCCGAGGAGUACCGCGCACGUGAGCAGGACAAGCUGCGCUACCGCUACCCUCGGGGCGAAAGCUACCUGGACAUCAUCGCCCGCCUGGAACCCGUCAUCUUCGAGAUGGAGCGGCAGAAGGCCCCGCUUCUCAUCAUCGCGCACCAGGCCGUCCUGCGGUGCCUGUACGCCUACUUCUUGGACCUCCCGUCGGAGGAGAUCCCCUACCUCAGCAUCCCGCUCCACACGGUCAUCAAGCUCACGCCGCAGGCCUUCGGGUGCAACGAGAAGCGCUUCAAGCUUCUGGACGACGACACCCACCCCUCUGCGUGAAAAGAGCAGUUUGUGUGCGUCCUCCCCCCCCCCCCCCCCCCCC